UUUAAACAUCUCCAUCUCGUCAUUAUGUGCCAGUGGGCUUAUCCGAGGCUGAUGUCCAUGACAGCGCUUUGGGCUCUGAUUGUGCUGAAGGCCCUGACUCAACACGGAGCCAUAGCUUUAUCACAAAAUCGCGGUGUAUCCGGCCAUUAGUUUAGGGUCAAUAUUGCAGUGAUGGCUAAGACCGUGAUCGCCUUUGAUCUCUACGGCACUCUUUUGUCUACCGAAAGUAUUGCCAAAGAACUAGCGGUGCAUUUUGGGCAAGACCGGGCUGGCUCGAUCGCUGCCGUGUGGAGGAAGUACCAGCUAGAAUACACAUGGAGACUGAAUAGCAUGAAGCGCUAUGAGCAUUUCUCCGAGGUCACUCAGAAGUCUCUUCAUCAUGCUUUGGCGGAACAUGGCGUAAGCCUCUCCGAAAGCGACACCAACAAACUGAUGGAAGCAUAUGAUUCUCUGUCCACAUUUCCCGAUGUCGACCCAUGCCUGAAACGUUUGGCAGAUAAUCCGGCCAUUCAAUGUGUCGUCUUCUCCAACGGCACCAAGACCAUGGUUUCUAACUCGGUUAGCGGAUCCGAGGAUCUGAACUCAUCUGUCUUUAAAGACAUCAUCACUGUGGACUCUGUCAGAACUUUCAAACCUGCGCCUGAAGUGUACAAGUUUCUUGCACAGAAGGUUGGCAAAGUCGGCCAGGAGAAUACUAUGUGGCUUGUGUCUGGGAACCCGUUCGAUGUCACAGGUGCGAGGGCCAUGGGCAUGCAAGCAGCCUGGGUCGACCGAGCAGGAAAUGGCUGGCAGGAUCGACUCGGAGAGAAACCCACGGCCGUGGUCAGAAGUCUAGAAGAAGUAGCCGAUGUCGUUGAAAAGUAUACAGCGGGAGCAAGCUCGGUAUGAAAUGCUUGAAUUAGACUGGAUUAUCUUGAUACGGCUCAGCUGCUGGAGCAGCGACCUGUUCACGGACCCGCCGCGCCUUUUCCAUCUUGGCCGCCCAUAAAGCACUCCCAGCUGCCGUAGUCAUGAGGAAAAACAUGCUUAGUACCGGCACAAGUUGGAGUGUCAACGCCACAACCCCAAACCAUGUAUACUUCAGCUGUCGUUUUCUUACAUAAUCCUUGCGGUCCCGUUUAGCCAAGCCUCGAAGGGUGAAGUACCUCCAAUGAUGAAACGGACCAGCUCUGUAUCCCGUAAGGAGCAGGAAGAUAGGUA